AUUGAGGAGGAGGAGGCUGAUGCCAUGUUUAAGCUAAUUGACAUUGAUGGAAGCGGAACCAUAGACUUUGGUGAAUUCCUCACCAUUGCCAGGGUGACCAAAGAGGAGUUUUUCAACUACUACUGUGGCGUGAGCGCGUCCAUCGACAGCGAUGCGUACUUCAACCUGAUGAUGAGGAACGCCUGGAAGCUGUGAUGCAAUCACUGAGUUCAA